AUGCCGGGAAGUCUGAAAACGGAGAGUGAUGAUAAUAAUGUUUCCCAAGCAAAAGUGAGAAAGCCGCCGCUGCAACGAGAGAAUCCAAUGGAGGCGACACCGCCUGUCAAUGAUAAUGAUGUGGUAAUUGUGGCAACACCACCAGCUGUUAUCAUUGACCUCACUGCGGAAACUGAUGAUCAAUUAAGGAUUUCUCUGAAACAGCAGCGUCUCAUCGAUGCUGUCCAGAGAUAUCCACAGCUCUACGAUACACAGCAUCCGAAAUAUUGGAACUAUCAAUAUCGUGGCAUGGCUUGGAGGGACAUCUCCGACAAGUUAAAUGAAGAGGCAACAAAGCUAAUGCAGAUCUGGUUGCAACUCCAAACGCGCUACGAAUGGGAGCUCACUUAUAAAAAGGAUGUCAACUCACAGUUGAAGAACCAACUCAAAUUCCUGGAACCUCAUAUGUCCACAACAUAUUUGAGUGUGUGCAAGAUGUCAUUGUAUCUACGGGAUGCCUGGUUCGAUCCUAUUGCGCAAUACCGCAGUGUUUUGAAUCUGAUCAAUGUGCUCAAAGCGUGUCCCGAGUUGAUGUACUAUAUAGUGGGUGACUAUCGGCGUUGUAAUUAUAAGCAUGCGUUUUGGCAACGUGUCUCGGCUAAGACAGGUGAGAGUCAUCAAUGUUGCGAGGUCACGUGGCUGCUGUUGCGCACUUUGUAUAAGGAACUGGCCGAGAUGCGUAAAGCUGGCUAUCAGCUGCGGGACGAAUGGUACUUUGAGAAUAUCAUGGGAUCGCUUUACAAGAUAGUCGCCGCCUACGCUGUACGACGUGGUCAAAAGCGUCCAAAUCCCUCGAAUCAAGACAAUUCCUGCCCAACUCCACCGAAAUUAAAGUCACCUAACGCUGAGCUUACAGCGAUUAGUUAUCCACGUACAACUCCACCACAACCGGUGCCGAAAUUGCCCCUUGCCAUUGUCUAUCCGCUGGCAACGAAGUCCUCGACCUCCACCUCCACCUCCACGACAAGCACAUCGACUGCCAGCAACAACACUAACCGCGUAAUUGUCACCACCAGCGGUAACAGCUCAGUCUUUUCGCUGCCCCGCAUUACGGCAAUUAGUGACAGCGUCACUAGUGACAGCGUCACCAGUGACAGCGUCACUAGUGACAGCGUCACCAGUGACAGCGUCACUAGUAACAGUGUCACCAGUGACAGCGUUAAGCCCAAGGAUCCGCCACCGACAAUUAAAAUUGAGUUUUUUGACUGUCCCGUAAAUGGACGCAUGUUGUAUGCAAUUGGCAAUGGGCGGGCGGCAAACUUAAAUAUGCCCAAAUUAGCGGUAUUUAUACGGGAGGUAAUGGCUAUACCACAGCUACACAGCAAGGAUUCAGAAUUGGACAGCAAAAUCGAUGAUCUUUGGCUGAAAGUGUCCAAAAAGUUCCGGCUUCAAGAUGUGGUUUGUCGGGCCAUUUGGACAUUUCUGGCGAAUAACUUUAAACUGUUUCCACAAAUUGCACCAAUGGCGAAGUUAAUGCGGCCUUUUAAGACCAAGCUCAUGGUCUGGGAGAAGUCGCAUCGUCUGUUUGGCAAAUUUGAUGAGAUUGCACGCAAACAUAAUUGGAUGGUUCAUAAGAUGAAGCUGCCAGCGUUGAUGCAACUCUUUGAGAAGUACGAACAUCUUUAUGCGGAUUUACGUAAACCAAGACCAGGGGAAUCGACGUCACUGCCAUUGCGUCAGUAUACGAAGGAAGAACAACAGGAGGUGUGGCGUGUGGCACGUGAACGCUUUCCAUUUAUGAAUCAUAGAGAUGUUUGGGCCAUGUUUAAGUUUGCGUUUGAAACUUUCAUGAAGGACUUGGAGCGUGGCAUUGAGAAUCCCUGGCCAAAAAACUGGUGGCAUGCGCUGAAGCAGUUGAGAUUUCUGAUUAAUGUCCGUUAUCAUCCAUUAGAGCCGUAUUAUUAUAUAGUGCACAACAAGUUCAUGGAGGAGGUUAAACGUUGCAGCAUUAAGGAUACAUUUGGGUGUCCAACAAAUGUCCAUUUGCAAAUGCCCUGGGAGACGGAGGAGGCUAAACAUUUGUUUGUCGGCGAGUUGAGUCAAUACGAUAAGAAAGUGGACAGCGUAGCGGCGGAUGUGACGGAAACACAGCAGGACAAGGAGGAGCAAAAGAGUGAUCAGGACCAGGAUAUUGUGGUAGAGUUGGUAGAUCAAAAGCAACAGCAAACACAGCCUAUGGAUUCGGAAUUUAUGCCGGUUGCCGAACCAGCCCAGAGUUUUAAAAGCGAUCCUCGUCAUCCGCUGCCCAAUGAGUGGACACGACCAAAGAAUGAUCAGGACCAGGGUAUAGUAAUGGAGGUGGUAGAUCGAAGGCAACAAAAAACACAGCCUAUGGAUACGGAUUUCAUGCCGGUUGCCGAACCAUCCAAGAGUUUUAAGAGCGAUCCUCGUCCUCCGCUGCCCAAUGUGGAUGCCUAUGAGUUGACACGACUGCUCUGCAAUGAGCCCAGGACCCAUGACAAUAUGUUCAAUGUAGAGAAGCGCUUAGCUUGGCUACGUAUUUCCAAGAAACUCAAAACGACAGUAACCGAUUGCCGUUUAAGUCUUCAAUAUGCAUUGAGGGAACAGCGUAUGUGGAAGAUCAGGGAUCCGAGUGGUCAUUGCUCGCUCUCGGCAAAAUAUUUUGGCCCCAUGACCGACUUAUACAAUAAAGUGAUGGAAACAUAUCCCGGCCCGACAGAGUCCGAAGUCAAGGAUGCAUUGUGUCCGACACGUUAUAUACCAGACAUCAAUAUGUUUACCUGUAAGCCCAGUUUGGUAGUCAAGAAUUGGUCCUAUGCUGUCGGAACCAUUCCAUUACAUAGUCAAGCUCUAUUAUGCAGACGUUUGCAUUCCAUAUUUGCCAAGUAUGCAAAGUUGGCGAAGGGGGAGGAUUGCCCAUCUCAAGUGGAAAGCAAUUGCAACAAUGAUGACAUCUUGUCAAUUAGCGAUGUGACAAGCAGCGACAACAUUGAGGAGGAAGAUUCGUAGUUUAAAUACUUUCAAGAGAAUUAUUUCUAUUUUAAAUUACAUAUUCCCACAUUGCAACAACAGCAGAAACACUUACUUGAAACGAUAAAAACUACA